AUGCCGAAUGGAGAAGCAUCUCUUUUCGAAGUGAACAUCCGUUACGUCGGCGGGCUUCUGUCAGCGUACUACCUGACAGGAGAGGAGGUGUUUAAGAGGAAGGUGCUGGAGCUCGGGGAGAAGCUGCUACCUGCCUUUAACACUCCCACCGGGAUCCCCCGCGGCGUGAUCAACCUGGGCAGUGGCACCAGCUGGAGCUGGGGGUGGGCCUCGGCGGGGAGCAGCAUCCUGGCCGAAUUCGGGACCCUGCACCUGGAGUUCGUCCACCUGACGGAACUCUCCGGAAAUCCAGUCUACACCGAGAAGGUGAUGAACAUCCGCAAGCUGCUCAAUAAAAUCGAAAAGCCUCACGGACUGUACCCCAACUUCCUCAGCCCCGUCAGCGGGAACUGGGUCCAGCAUCAUGUAUCUAUCGGGGGCCUGGGAGACAGCUUCUAUGAGUAUCUGAUCAAGUCCUAUCUGAUGUCCGACAAGACGGACGAGGAGGCCAAGAGGAUGUACUACUCCGCUCUGCAGGCCAUCGAGGCCAACCUGGUGCAGAAGUCUCCCGGAGGUCUCACCUACAUGGCGGAGUGGCGGGGCGGGCUCCUCGACCACAAGAUGGGGCACCUGGCCUGCUUCUCGGGGGGCAUGGUGGGGAUCGGGGCGGACGACGGCGCGCCCGAAAAGAGGCAGCACUACCUGGACCUGGCGGCCGAAAUCACCCACACCUGCCAUGAGUCCUACAGUCGCUCAGCCACAAAGCUGGGGCCUGAGGCGUUUCGGUUCGACAGUGGCGCGGAAGCCACGGCGACCAGGUUGAGUGACAGGUACUACAUCCUGCGGCCGGAGGUGAUCGAGAGCUACAUGUACAUGUGGCGGCUGACCCACGACCCCAAGUACCGGCAGUGGGGCUGGGAGGCGGUGGAGGCCCUGGAGCGCCACUGCCGCGUGGAGGCGGGCUUCUCGGGCAUCAGGGACGUGUACGCCGCCUCGGCGAGCCACGACAACAUGCAGCAGAGCUUCUUCCUGUCCGAGACGCUCAAGUAUCUGUACCUGUUGUUUUCGGAUGACGAGCUGCUGUCGCUGGAGGACUGGGUCUUUAAUACAGAAGCUCACCCUCUGCCCGUCAUUCGCCGGAGCUGCUUACUGGAGCAGGAGGAGACCCCACCCCAAUAGCACCGCCUGACCACACACACACACACACACGCGCACACACACACACACACACACACACACACACACUCACACACACACACACACACACACACACACACACAUACACACACACACACACACACACAC